AUGCAUUAUGAAAUGUGGUGGUUAGUUUUUAUUAUAACUUGUAUAGGGACGAGUUUCGCUACGUAUUGCCCGAAACAGUGUGAUUGUGAUCUUAGUAAUGGGAUGAACAGGGCCGUGUGUGUGGAUCAAAACAUUGUUAGUGUAGACAUAGGCGUGCCAAAAGAAGUGCAGGUGUACAGCCUUACAAGGAAUGUCAUAAGUGAGCUUGACAACUUUUGUUUCAAGGAAAUCGGAUACACGUCCAUUAAAAUAUUGGAUUUGUCGUAUAAUCUUAUAUUUUGGAUUGGUCUUCAUGCAUUCUCUGGACUAAACGAGCUCGUGAAUCUUGACAUCAGCAAUAACAGACUGAGAUUCAUUCCUUCCGAUUUAUUUUGGGACACACCGAACCUAGAGAUAUUAGAUCUAUCAUCAAAUGUUUUUGAGAAGUUAAAAAAUGAACCAUUUAUCAUGCAUACGAAAUUACAAGUGCUCAAUCUUAACAGUUGCCGCAUUAAAUCUUUGCCAGAACGCCUCUUUAACAGAUUGCCAAAUUUAAAGAAGCUCGAUCUCAGUGAGAAUUACGUUGUCACAUUAAAUUUAGAUGUGUUGCGACCGCUAAGAAAACUGGAAAGGAUAGAACUUAGAAAUGAUUAUUGGCAAUGCAACCCAGAUUUCAUAGCUGUCGAGACAUGGAUCGUGUCACACCGAAUAAAAUACGAUAAACAGUGCAAAAAGAAAUUACCUAAAAUGUCAGAAAAAAUGAUUAUGACAGUCAAUGAAGUAUUGCCAGUGGAUAUAAAUAAAGUAUGGAAUAUAACUAAAGAUCAGAACAAUACAUUAAUAUUAUCAGUGUUGCCAAAUAACACAAAAACAUUGACACCAUUUGAGAAAUUUGAUAAAGAGUUUUCAGCAUUUCAAGCGCUAAUCAUUGGUUUUGAGAUUGGUUUGGCUGUGGGAAUCGUAGCUACGUAUAUUUGGUUACGAAUCUCGUGUGGUUGCCCUGGAUUUUCUCGACAGUCGAGACGGCAAAGAGCGAACUUACCAGAUGGGGAUAUGAGGAGUAGUUUGCUCUGGAACAACGUCGUAAACCCUGAUCUGGAAACACCUCCGUACUUCAGGCGACAGUUAGCAGACAGAAACCCUUCAAACAGAACCGGCGUACAAGCAGAUGCUAUUAGAAAUGGUAAUAGAGCAGAAACACCUCCGCCGCCAUACAACGAGUGUCGUUUGAAUAUAUAA